CGAAGUAUAAAUAAGCCUAUUUUGGCAAAGGAAAAGGCAUUCGUGCUUCGUUCACAUCGACAAUCACCACACCUGAAAUGAACAAGAUCGUCAUACUAGCCACGCUCAUCGCUUGCGCUUACGCCGCUCCCAGGCGGAUGGUGCUUCCCCGUCUGCCGGCUUCCGUAAUCGCGAGCGGAAAGUAUGAGCUUAUACCCGGAGACAAGAUAGUCGGCGGUACGGAAGUCGUCCCUAACUCACUGCCUUUUCAGAUUUCGUUGCAGCGCAAAAGUUCCACCGGCAUUUAUUCGCAAUCGUGUGGUGGCUCGAUCAUCAACGAGUACACCAUCCUCGACGCUGCGCACUGUGUUGAUGGAGUCAACGAUGUCACCAUUUUUCGUGUCGUCGCCGGAGAACACGACCUGUCUCAGAUCAGCGGUUUGGAACAGCAUCGAGCUGUCAGUGGCUUUUUAAUACACGCGGACUAUAACAAGAAAACUUCGGCCAACGACAUCGCCCUAAUCUACUUGGCCACACCUUUGGACUUGAGCGUUCCGUCGGCUAAACCCAUCAAUUUACCACCACCGACUUGGGAAUUUGAUCCUCCAGCUGGCAUUGUGGCUACCGUUUCUGGAUGGGGAACCACUAGCUCUGGCGGCAGCAUUUCCAAUGUGCUUCUAAGUGUCGAUAUCCCCAUCAUAUCCGAUGAUGAUUGCAACGCUAUUUACACCACCAAUGCCAAGCCCAAAUCCAUCUAUGAAUCCAUGCUAUGUGCAGGAGGUUUUAAUGGCAACAUCGAUUCUUGCCAAGGGGAUUCUGGAGGUCCGUUUUUCAUCGGUACUGGAACUAACGCCAUACAACUUGGUGUUGUUUCCUGGGGACGUGGCUGCGCUUCAGCUUAUUAUCCUGGUGUCUAUACCCAGGUGUCUUACUUUCUUGACUGGAUCAACGAUAACAGUCACUAAGCAACGUACGCCGUGACCCUAAUAUAAUACUACGUUGACAUCAUAUACUUAUACUAACAAUAAAAUGCUUCACUUUAA